AUGUCUCUCCGGCCCUCACUUUUGUCGCGCUGGCUGCCGUCUGCCGAGCUCCUCAAACAAUCUACGCUUCGAGCCGCACAUAUGCCAUCGCCAGGGUCUAUUCGUCUAAGCCUGUCUGCCCUUCGCAGCCCAGCAACAUUUAAGUCCACCCGGCGAUCCUUGACGACAGGGGCAAAUUAUAUUGGUGGACCGGCAGCACGAUCACGACCGAGCUUGCGAGCGAUCCAACCCCUCAAACAACCAUUGAACCGGCGCUACAAUUCGGGAUCCUCGGGCAGUUCGUCGCAGACGGAGAAAGAGGGCAACUCGUUGUCGCAACGACUUCGGAAACUUUCUCGUGAAUACGGCUGGGCAGCUGUCGGCGUGUAUUUCGCUCUCUCGGCGCUGGACUUCCCCUUCUGCUUUGCUGCUGUGCGCCUGUUAGGCGUAGAGCGGAUUGGCUACUUUGAGCAUGUCGUGGUGCAGUCGGCCAAGGAUGCUUUCCACUCGGUGUGGCCCCAGACAGAGCCUUAUCCCCAGAAUGAGGGCGAGAGUGAGGAUAAGCAGGCCAGUCUCGCCCUGGCAGAGGAACGGAACCAGGAAAACGCUAGUAUCUGGACCCAGCUGGCGCUUGCCUAUGCAAUCCACAAGAGCUUCAUUUUCAUUCGUGUCCCGUUGACGGCAGCUGUGACCCCAAAGAUUGUGAAGACUCUACGCCGCUGGGGUUGGGACAUUGGCAAGCGAACGCCUAAAAGCCCGUGA